UCCGCCGCUCUGCCCGGGGGAGGGAGGGUCUCCAUCUCCACUCCGGCUGCCAUCACAACAACCACUCCAUCCAGUCCGGGAGCUCCGUCCUCGGAGAAUCCCACAGCGAACACGAUCGGAGGGAGGAACCGAGCGCAGAUUUGACAUGUUUUUGCGUCUUCUCCUCUCAAGGACCCGCGUCGUGUUGGUGCACCACCACCACCACCAGCAGCAGCAGCAGCAGCAUCUGGGGAGCAGCGGACUUCACUCGGCUUCCUUGACCCGGUGUGUUUGGAUUCCGAAUCUGCAGUCGUGACUCACAUCCCAAACAACCGGAGGCGCCGUUGUUUCUCCGCUGCUGUCGGCACCUACGAGAGGAUGUGAAUAGAAUCUCUCCGGCAGCCGAGCUCUGAUGGCCGCUGUGGACUGACGGGUCGUCCGAUUGGUGAGCUCCGACUUUGUUUGGAAGUUGACAAUGGUGUUGUUUCUGAUCGGGAUCUCUGCCGUUGUGAAUAAUUCUUCCCAUGGCAACCAAACUGCAGAAAACCCAACCCACCGGGGGGCCCACGUGUUGCCCUCAACCCUGGUCAUAUCUCUGCUGCUCAUCAUCGUCGUGCUGCUGACCAUCUACUGUAUGAGGUUCAAAAACCACAGGAAAGGUCUCGUCACCUCAGUGGACAAAAAGCUCCCGAAUGGCUUCUUGGAGGAACAAGGAGAGCAGACAGUGGUCCUCCUCCCGAGAUCUCCCUCCCCGUCCAAGAGGUACUUCCCCAUCCCCCUGGACUCCCUGGAAGAGGAAUACCGGAUACGCUCGGCGGAUGACGGCAAGCUCUUCAGAGAAGAGUUCAAUUCCCUGCCAUGUUACUACCACCACGGGUCCUUUGAGGAGGCGAGCAGAGAGCACAACAGAGAGAAAAACAGAUACCCCAACAUCCUACCAUAUGAUCAUUCAAGGGUGGUGUUGAAUCAUGACGGACAUCUUUGCUCCGACUACAUCAAUGCGUCCUACAUAGAUGGCUUCAAAGAGAAGAACAAAUUCAUCGCAGCGCAGGGUCCGAAGCCUGAGACCGUUGCCGACUUUUGGAGGAUGAUUUGGGAACAAAAGACCACGACUGUCGUGAUGUUGACCAACCUAAAAGAAAGGAAAGAGGAAAAGUGUUUCCAGUAUUGGCCGGAAAAAGGCUGCUGGAUGUACGGAAACAUGAGAGUGGCCAUGGAAGACGUCACCGUCCUGGUGGACUACACCGUCAGAAAAUUCUGUAUCCAAUAUCAGGCCAGUGAUGGUCCGCGAGCUCCCCGCUUGGUCACUCAGCUCCACUUUACCAGCUGGCCAGACUUCGGGGUGCCGUUCACGCCCAUCGGCAUGUUAAAAUUCCUCAAGAAGGUCAAAGCUGUCAAUCCCUUGUAUGCCGGACCCAUUGUUGUGCACUGCAGCGCCGGCGUGGGGAGGACUGGGACCUUCAUUGUCAUUGACAGCAUGAUCGACAUGAUGCACAUGGAACAGAGGGUGGAUGUUUUUGGCUUUGUGAGCAGAAUACGAGAGCAGCGCUGUCAACUCAUCCAGACAGAUAUGCAGUACUCCUUCAUCUACCAGGCUCUGCUGGAGUACUACCUGUAUGGAGACACGGAGCUGGAUGUGUGCUCUCUGGAGGGCCAUCUGCACAGGCUUCACAACACCAGGGCUCCCAACGACAGGCUGGGCCUGGAGGAGGAGUUCAGGAAGCUGACCAACGUCCGUAUAAUGAAGGAGAACAUGAGAACCGGGAACCUUCCUGCCAACAUGAAGAAGAACCGCGUCCUUCAGAUCAUCCCAUACGAUUUCAACCGAGUAAUACUCUCAGUGAGAAGAGGACAAGAGUUCACGGACUACAUCAAUGCCUCCUUUAUUGAUGGCUACAGGCAGAAGGACUAUUUUAUCGCGACCCAGGGCCCCUUGUCUCACACGGUGGAGGACUUCUGGAGGAUGGUGUGGGAGUGGAGGUGCCAUUCAAUCGUUAUGCUCACCGAGCUCAAAGAGAGGGAGCAGGAGAAGUGUUUCCAGUAUUGGCCAUCAGAGGGCAGUAUAACAUUUGGAGAUUACACCGUGGAGCUGACAGGCGACUCCAUGUGUGAGACCUUCACUCUCAAAGACAUGGUUCUCACCUACCGACCGGAAAAGCAGUCGCAACAUGUGCGCCACUUCCACUUCCACGGAUGGCCUGAGAUUGGAAUACCUGCUGAGGGAAGAGGGAUGAUUGACAUUAUUGCUUCGGUGCAGCGGCAGCAGCAGCAGUCAGGAAACCAUCCCAUUAUAGUGCACUGCAGCGCCGGUGCGGGUCGGACGGGCACCUUUAUCGCCCUCAGCAACAUUCUGGAGCGGGUGAAAGCUGAAGGUCUCCUGGACGUUUUUCAGACGGUUAAGAGUUUACGCAUGCAGAGACCCCACAUGGUCCAGACGGUGGAGCAGUACGACUACUGCUACAGAGUGGUGCAGGAUUUCGUCGACAUUUUCUCCGACUACGCCAAUUUUAAAUAACCAUUCAUAUUUUCUGAUGCAAUAUUUGAUCUGAAUGUUGUUUGCUAUAACUCUUUUUACAUUUUGCACUUCGAUGUAAGAUACAUUACUGUAGCAUAGUGUAAGAUUCAAUGUCCUCAGAAUAGGAUUUGUAAAAUACAUCACCGGUUUUGAACAAUUGUUGCUUUAUAAAUGUAAAAAAAAAAUAUGCUUAUUAAUAUUUCUGCAUUAACUAAGAAGCUCAUCUAAUGAUAUCUUCAUGUUCUUAUUGGCCUUUUAUUUAUUGUAUUUGACCCUGAGAAGAGAAUAAACAGCCUGUCU